CUGAUCAAACGUCAAAAUUUUUCGCACGCCAUUGUGUGUGCGGAAGUCACUUUAUCAUUUUCUAUUACAAAAUCACAGUUUUAGAACAACAAAAAUCAAAAGUUAACCGUCAAAAUAGCUUUGUUAAUCAAUAAUGGGUCUACCAGGUGGCAUACCAGAGGCUGAGCUGCCUCAGUGUUGGUCUGACGAUGUACGGAUGAAUGCAUUAUUUGCCCCGUUCAGAAUUAAGGCUGCGAAUCCUGAAUCCUGGGAUAUGAAGAUGAAAUUUUGGUCUGAUAUGCUGCGGCAGUGGUGCAGGAGUAGAAAGGAACCUAUAGUGUCUGCUGCGGACGCGAAAAAUGCCUUUAAUCGUAAAGGACGGACUCCCGCUUGUCUGGACAUCGUUGUCGAAGAAAUGUAUCGCAACGGAGACCUCUGUCCCUUAUCAAAAUAUCAGCAGAUACUCCACAACGGACCUGAAGGCUGGGUGAAAUGGGGUGCUCGGCUGGCCUUCAAGCCUGCAGCCUUUGCUCUUACUGCGGUAGCCUCGUUCAUGCCAAACAGACAGACAGUGGACAACGAUGGGUUACCGAAGGCAUCCAUUGAUUCUACACAACGAUUUGUGUUGGAGAGUGCUGUUAAAGAGCAAGCAACAGAACUCCUCCAGAAAUACCCUCCAGGUGUAGAACGUAUGGGUACCAUUGAGGAACUGAUCCGCAACUGUGAGUGGACACAGAGUCGGGAGACCUUCGAACUGCUGCUCGGGUACCUGGUGUCGCAGGGUGCCGCGGUCAAGAAGGGGGAUGUGGUUAAACUUGCGGAACCGGACAAGAAAGUGUCACCAGUGACUGAAUCGGACGAGGCUCUAGUCAAGCUGAUGUGUGCUGAGACGAGGUUGGAGGGCGAAGCCCUGCGCCUGGCGAGAGACGUCGCCACCGCACAGGCUGACGCUAAAGCUGCUUUGAAUGUCGGGAAUAAGUUGGCUGCCAAGAACCACCUUCGCCGCAAACACAAGACGAAUCUACGCCUGGAGCGUUGCAGCAACGCGUUGGAGAACGUGCGACAGUUGCUGCAACAGAUGCGAGACGUACAUGUCAACGUAGCCAUCGUUGAUACUUAUAGAACCAGUUCAGACGCUAUGAAACGCAACCUCAAGGAGAAUGCUUUGGAAGAGGAUGCCGUGCACGACACUAUGGACGAUUUGAAAGAGGUAAUGGAGCAAUACAGUGAAGUGGAGAAGGCUCUAGGCACCAACAUCGAUGACUGUGACGCUGCGGAGCUUGAAGAGGAGUUGGCUGAACUCCUCGCCGGACCCGGGGCUCCGGGCGGCGGCACUCCGGGCAAGGAGGAGAGGAAAGAGGCCCCAAAACUCCCAUCCCCACCAUCGACAAUACCCAGGCGGAAGAUAUCGGAGCGAGACUUUGUCUUCGACGGCGAAGAGCGCAUGCUGGCUGAGCUGAACGAGCUGGGGCUGGAUGAUGCCAGUCCCAAGGUCCGGGAGAGGAGGGAGAGGAUCGCUGUCGCUGAUGGUGAUGCACCACAACCGAAACCCUCGCCGAAAAUAACCAAACCCUCGAAGGACAAGCCCUCAAAACCGUGGUACCCCCCAUCGGGGGAGUGCCUGCAGGACCCCGUGUGGUCGCCCAACCACAACCAGCGGCUCACCGACAUCGCCGGCAGCUUCGGCGAGCUGCGCCAGGAUGAUAGGAUACAUCCAGGCCAACCACUGGACGUGGACUUCACCCGCGCGCCCCGGCUGUACGGGUCGGACUUCCAGGUCCGCGACCACAAACUUCGCGCCGGCGUCUGGAUCUACAGCCGCGACCCCAACGACAACCUGGACAGCUCGCUCGCCGCCAGCACUGACUACUAUAGCGCGGAAAGUCCGGGCAAGUCCACAGCGCCGACAGGUUUCCAAAUGGCCCCCGGCGGCGAGAGACGCAAGUCUACCACGGACCCCGUCCACAAGGACUCUGUGGACGAGCUACAGAGGCGGCUCGACAACCUUCGCGGCUUCAACUUAUAAUAUUAAGCUAUUAUCUUAAGGUAUUUAUUAAGUUAAUAAGUAAGUAAUAGCCUAGAAAGUGCCGUUUUGGCCGUCAAUUUGCCGUAGAAUUGGUACUUAAAACGGGAUUGUUGAAUAAUGAACGCAACCUUUUUCAUUACACUGGCAGUUAUUUUAUUUUUUUUAUGUUGGCAACUUUACUCUGUUACUUUUGUUUUUAUUGCUUGUCAUUAUACUUUUGGUUUUUUUCUUCCAAAAUAAUCUUUUGUUUAUUUUAACUAAAGUAAUCACUACCUCUAAUAAAUAAUCCAACAGGGAUAUUUACCAAUUUUAAUGAGUUUCCGAUAUUUCGGCGCUGUUGCAAGCGCCAUGAUCACGGAUAAACUCAUAAAUAUUGAAAAACAUGGUAAAUAUCCCGUUUUAAGUACCAAUUCUAGUGUUAGUGACCAUGUCAGUUUAAAAACUUAUGUCAAUUUGCCGGUUCAAACGGCAGUUUUUGGGGGGAGAUGUAAAAGAUUUUUUGACUUUGCCGUUGUUUUACCGCCCCCAUAUUUGAAGUACUUGAUAAACUUCUACAGUAUGGAGAUCACUCAUAUGACUUAAAUGAACGACAAAAGAAAUGACAAGUAGUACUCGUCCAGAGAGGGAUAAUACAACUAAAUAUUUCAACAAAAA